AUGUCUGUAGCCUUACCUUCGGCUGCCCGUGCAGAUCCAGCCGGCAUGCCAGCAGCGGGCAGUGCCGCCGAUCCCCUCUCCAAGGCGUGUCUAGAAGCCUCUCAGGAGGAGAUGCGAUUCAAGGCUUCGCAGCAGGGGGAGUCGUCAUCGCUGCACCCUGUCACGCAGCAAAACAGCCAACAGCCCGUGCCACCCCCUCAUGAGGCACAGUUCUCGCAAGGGCAGCCGAAUUUGCAGCAAGAAGAAUCGCAGCAGGCUGAAGCUGCAUCAACUGCAACAACAGCAGGUCGCACUAAUAAACCUGCAGCACGUCUUGCAGCAGCCUUGCGCAAGCUGGGAGUUGUCUCGACGGAUGGAACGGAUGCUGUGGGUGGUCUUCAGCAGUUGACGGCUGCAGGGCGAAGCCUGCGGAGAGCAGCUCCUCGCGAAGGAUUUUUUCGGAGGAUUCAGGGAGGCAUCCUGCUCUCCCCUCCAGCGGCUUCUUCUGCAGGCAGGGGAGGAGCAGCUGCAGCGGGAGAAGGCAAAGCUGGCGGCAGUGCCGCUCAGGAGCUCCUGAAAGCCAGCGCUGCAGCAGGAUCUGCCUCGGUGUCUGCAGCAGCAGCUGCUGCUGCAGCUCAGGCAAAGAGGAAGCCUCCAGGAGCGAGCAGCAGCAGUCAGCGGAGGAGGAUAAUGAAGGCUCGUGCCGCUGCUGCAGCUGCUGAGGGGCCAGCAGAGUCGGGUGUAUGGGUAGAGGAACUGACGGCUGCUGCGGCUGCAGCGGCGGGAUACCCCUCGCCGCCUCUUCCGCCUUCUGCUCUGCAGCAGCAGCAGCAGCACGACAGCAGCGGCGUCUUUAGAGUAUGCUGGAUUGAGGGGGCAGGCACCACCCCAAAGACUGCUUUGUUUUCGCCUUCUGCUGGCUUGAGGCCGAUAGCCGCACUUGCCGCAUGUCUAGAGUUUGCAAAGCAGCAGCAGCAGCAGUAUCAGCAGCACCAACAGCAGCAGUACCAACAGCAGCAGUACCAACAGCAGCAGCUGCAGCAGCAGCAGCAAGGACAGGGCGGGAGCAGCGGCAGUGCUGCUAACGCGCAGCAGCAGCUGCAGCUCCAGCAGCAGCAGCAGCAGCAGCAGCAGCAGCAGCAGCUGCAGCUGCAGCUGCUGCUGCAGCAGCCGCGGGAGGAUGUGUAUCGCCUGUGGCGUGUAUCUGAGCUCGCUGCCUUGCUACAGCAGGAGCAGCAGCAGCAGCAGCCCCUUGCAGGAGCGGCUGGGCUGCAGUUUUCGCCUGCCAGUCCGACGGAGACCUCCUUGAUGCAACAGCAGCAGCGAAAGGCUGUCAAGUCUGUUGCAUUAGGAGGCAUGCCAUGUUUGCUGCCUCCUACAGCAUCACCGCUAUCCGCAGCUGCACCUGCUCCAAGUCACAAAGGGCCCGUAAGGAAUGCCUUGGGAAGGUGGGAAUCACGCACGAAACUCGGGGCCUCCACGCUUUGUGCGGGUGCUAGUGCGGCCAGUGGUGUUAUGAGUGGUGGGGUCGGUGGUGGGGUCGGUGGUGGGGUCGGUGGUGGUGGUGCCGCUGAUGGCAAUCAGCGGGGGCCGCUAAGUGCGGCGGCGGCGGCGGCAGCAGCAGCAGCAGCAGCAGCUCUGCUGCUGCCGCCAACGAAUCCAGGAGGAAGGCCUCCUGGCAUGAGUGCCAGCUCUCGGAGAAGGCGGCUGGCUAAGGCAAGAGCAGCAGCAGAAGCAGCCGCUGCUGCAGCUGCAGAAUCGGCAGGCUUAGAGCGAGAGGGGGCGAUGGCGGGGCACGUGGCGUGGCAACAGCAGCAGCAGCAGCCAAUGCAGCAGCAGCAGCCAAUGCAGCCAAUGCAGCAGCAGCAGCCAAUGCAGCAGUCGCUGCUCGCCGAUCCCAGUCAAGCGCCAGCCUGCUCGUGGGGGGAUGGAGAGGACAGCGCCGCUGCCUUGAUGCUGCUGCUGCCGCAACAACCGUCUGCUGCGGAUGCCUUAGCAGCCUCUCGCGCUGUUUCUCUUGCGGAAGCCUGCCAGCAGCAGUCCGCUGCGUGGGUAGCUGCGGAGGCAGCAGCGGCAGCGAAGCUGCAACAGCGGCUCGAGAGAGAGCGGCGAGUCAUGGCUGCAGCGUGCGCUGCUUCCUCUCGCUCCGUCGGCGCUGCUGCAACAGCUGCUGCUGCAACAGCUGCUGCCGCUGCUUCUGCUGCCUCCGCUUGUUCGGCUGUGAAGCAGGAAGGCGGGGGAGUCGACGGCGCUGCAGAUGCGGGUACAGCCGCGGAGAUCAGCCGCAGCAAUAGCAGCAGCAGCCAGUGCGACGACCUGCUGGGGGCCCCCGAGGGGGGCCCCGAGGCGGGGGUUGCCUCUUGGGGCCCCUUCGGGAAGCAGGCACACUUUGUGGUCGUUGGAGGAUGUGAUGCAGAGGCUUUGACUGUGUUGCCAAGCGGGCAGAUAAGGACAGAAUCAGCAGCAGCAGCAGAAUCAGCAGCGGCAGCAGAAUCAGCAGCACAGGGGACUGUGCCUGCGGGGGCCCCAGGGGCCCCCAGAGAUCCUUUAGAAGGGUCUCUUGAGCCGUAUUUGGCGUAUUGUAGGCGUCGAAAGGAGCGAGCUGAGUCUGAUCCUUAUGGGAGCAUCACACGAGUUCUCGAGACACUUGAACAGCAGCGGGGUGACAGCGCUGCAGUUGCAGAGGCUGCAGCAGCGGCUGCUGCGCACGCAUCCUGGCUAAGCAGCAGCGGGAACGAGUUGACACAAGAUGCGCUGGCAGCAAGCCUUUCGUGGCUAACAAAGAAUGCGGGGAAGGCGCUGGCUGCCGCUGCGUCUACUGCAGCAGAAUCAGCAGAAUCAGAAUCAGGAGAGCAGCAGAAUCAGCAGCAGCCUUUGCUUCAGGAGGAUGAUGGCCGUUCCGCUCACAGAGGCAGUGUUUUGGCUGCAUGCCUCGAUGCUUCAAGUGCGGCGGCGUUGGAUGCCACUUCCAGUGGGGGCAGCAGCGGCGUUGCGAGAAGCUUGAGCUGUGUGACAGACUGGAACGAGGCACUCAAUAAGCAGAAGCAGAAGCUCCAGCGGCUCUCCAAAGCAGGCGAAGAAGUUGCAGCCAGAUUCGCCCUUCUGCAGCAGCAGUUUCCAUGGGCGUCUGCACUCAACAGUUGCUUCUUCUCGGGAUCUCCGGAGGCAGCGGAGGGGGGUGUUGCUCGUAUUUUGCAGCGGCGACUGCUGCGGCUGGGAGUUCUUGGAGGAGCAGAUCCUGUUGCGACAGCAGCAGCAGCUGCUGCCGCUGCUGCUGCUGCGCACGCUGCUGCUGCGCAUGCUGCUGCUGCUGCCUCGACGGCAGCAGCAGCGUGUGCAGCAGGAGGCUGCAUCAACGGAGGGGCCCCCGGCAGCCUCUGCAGCAGUUUGGGGAGUCGGAAGGCUGCUGGCGUCCAAGCAGCAGCAUCUGCAGCUUCGUCGAAAAGCUCGCGGAGGCUGGCUCCCAGCAGCCGCGGCAAGAGCGGUGCAGCGGCUGCUGCUGCAGUGGCAGCCGCUGCGGAGGCGUCACCUGCUGCUUCCUUUGCAUCUGGCAGUACAGAUAUCAGACAGAUUUCGCAGCUUCCUGCCAUGAGAUAUGUUCUCUGGGCAGCAGCAGCAGCAGCAGCAGCAGCAGCAGCCGUACUUGUAUAA